GUCCAUCAAAAGGAAUGGGUUCAAAAGCAACGAGUCGAGGAAAACCCUCUCUACAUCUUUUAUACCACUCCCCAAUUAUCCGCUUUCCUUCCCUAUUCUGCUACCGAACGAAUAGAAGACCGGUCAACAAACAUCUCGAAGACGGCUACCCUGCAAGCAGUGUGGAUAAUCACGUGACGCUAUCUCCUUCGAAUGUCCUACGCUUGACCAGCGUGGUUAAGCUCUUCAAAUCCGUGGAACGGUAUGGGGAUAGGAUCGGGGUUUGGGUAGACGAGUUGCUCUGGUUGGGCGUGGGGGUCGACAGAGGCGGUCCACGUUCGUCCCAACUCGAUGGACUCGACGGGGCUGGGGUGCUGAGAGGAGUGGUGGAGGUGGGGGGUCCGUGGGUCGGUGGGGAGGAGAGGAAUGGAGAGCUCGGUGGAGAGUCGUCCCGUGGGUCGGCUACAGAUGAGGAACGGGAUGUGAUUGGAGUCAAGUCAGUCCUAGCACGACAAACCGAGAGAUGCGUCUUACCUCCGGAUCUCCAGUAUAACCAAUAUCAUCAUUGUCACGUGACGCGUGCAUUCUUUUUGAUGGACCUCAUAGAGAAUAAUAAGCUUGUACCUAAUGAUAAUAAAACGACCAGUUCAGAG